AAUAGUCCCGGCGCUGGUGCAGGCGGAGGGAUCUGGAGCUGUGCUCCGUCUGGUAUAAAAUGUGUCCGGCUCCCCAUAUCUUUCCUCUUCAUUCAUCAAUUUCCCAGCAGUGACCGGUAACUAACAUCAGCCAAGAUGCCAGAAGUAGCCCACAAUGGCGAGGAGGAGGUGGAGACAUUUGCUUUCCAGGCAGAAAUUGCCCAGUUGAUGUCCCUCAUCAUCAACACCUUCUACUCCAACAAAGAGAUCUUCCUGCGAGAGUUAAUCUCAAACGCCUCUGAUGCCCUGGAUAAGAUUAGAUAUGAGAGCCUGACUGACCCAUCUAAGCUGGACAGUGGCAAGGACCUGAAGAUUGACAUCAUUCCCAACAGACAAGAGCGCACACUGACUGUGAUUGACACUGGAAUUGGCAUGACCAAAGCUGACCUCAUCAACAACCUGGGAACCAUUGCCAAGUCUGGCACCAAGGCUUUCAUGGAGGCCCUACAGGCUGGUGCGGACAUCUCCAUGAUUGGCCAGUUUGGUGUGGGUUUCUACUCUGCUUACCUGGUGGCAGAGAAGGUUGUGGUCAUUACCAAACACAAUGAUGAUGAGCAGUAUGUUUGGGAAUCCUCCGCCGGUGGAUCAUUCACUGUGAAAAUUGACCAUGUAGGUGAGCCCAUUGGCCGUGGUACCAAAGUCAUCCUGCAUCUGAAGGAAGAUCAGACAGAGUACCUGGAGGAGAAACGUGUCAAGGAAACCGUGAAGAAGCAUUCCCAGUUCAUUGGCUACCCAAUCACCCUUUAUCUGGAGAAGGAGCGGGAAAAGGAGAUCAGUGACGAUGAGGCAGAGGAGGAAGAGAAGGAAGAAGAAAAGAAGGAAGAGGAAGGAGAGAAUGAGAAACCUAAAAUAGAGGAUGUGGGCUCCGAUGAUGAAGAGGAGGGAAAAGAUAAGAAGAAAAAGACAAAGAAGAUCAAGGAGAAGUACAUUGAUCAGGAGGAGCUGAACAAAACCAAGCCAAUCUGGACCCGUAACCCUGAUGAUAUCACCCAGGAAGAGUAUGGAGAGUUCUAUAAGAGUUUGACCAAUGACUGGGAGGAUCACCUAGCUGUAAAGCACUUCUCUGUGGAAGGACAACUGGAGUUUCGUGCUCUGCUGUUCAUCCCACGUCGUGCUCCCUUUGACCUGUUUGAGAACAAGAAGAAAAAGAACAACAUCAAGCUGUAUGUGCGCCGUGUGUUCAUCAUGGAUAGCUGCGACGAGCUGAUCCCAGAGUAUCUGAACUUCAUCCGUGGGGUGGUGGAUUCUGAGGAUCUGCCCCUGAACAUUUCCCGUGAGAUGCUCCAGCAGAGCAAGAUUCUAAAGGUGAUCCGCAAGAACAUAGUCAAGAAGUGUCUGGAGCUCUUCUCUGAGCUGGCUGAGGACAAGGAAAACUACAAGAAAUUUUACGAGGCUUUCUCCAAGAACCUGAAGCUUGGUAUCCACGAGGACUCUACAAACCGCAAGAGGCUUUCAGAGCUCCUAAGGUACCACACUUCCCAGACAGGUGAUGAGAUGGCUUCUCUAACAGAGUACAUGUCCCGUAUGAAGGAGAACCAGAAGAGCAUCUACUACAUAACUGGCGAGAGCAAGGAUCAAGUUGCCAACUCCGCCUUUGUGGAGCGAGUGAGGAAGCGUGGCUUCGAGGUAGUGUACAUGACCGAGCCAAUCGAUGAGUACUGUGUUCAGCAGCUGAAGGAGUUUGAUGGGAAGACUCUGGUGUCUGUGACCAAGGAGGGCCUGGAGCUUCCAGAGGAUGAGGAGGAAAAGAAGACUAUGGAGGAGAACAAGACAAAAUUUGAGAGCUUGUGCAAACUGAUGAAGGAAAUCCUGGACAAGAAAGUUGAAAAGGUCACUGUAUCCAACAGACUUGUUUCCUCUCCUUGCUGUAUUGUGACCAGCACCUAUGGCUGGACUGCCAACAUGGAGCGCAUCAUGAAAGCUCAAGCUCUUCGGGACAAUUCCACUAUGGGCUACAUGAUGGCCAAGAAGCAUUUGGAAAUCAACCCUGAGCACCCCAUUGUGGAGACGCUGAGGCAGAAAGCAGACACGGACAAGAAUGACAAAGCAGUGAAAGACCUAGUGGUGCUUCUCUUUGAGACUGCACUACUGUCAUCUGGCUUCUCUCUGGAUGAUCCCCAGACGCACUCAAACAGAAUCUACAGAAUGAUCAAGCUGGGUCUGGGUAUUGAUGAAGAUGAUGCAGCUGUGGAAGAGACUUCACCCACUGUGCCAGAUGACAUCCCACCUCUAGAAGGUGAAGAAGAUGCUUCUCGCAUGGAGGAAGUGGAUUAAUCGGUUUGCUGCCCUGUAAUAAUUACCAGUCCUGCCCCCUCCCACCUGCAUAUGUGCACUGUCUGUAAUUCGGUAGGGGAAUGACUUCUCCCUUGGACUUUAAUAUGUCACGAUAGUGGGGAUAUAUAUAUAUAUAUAUAUAUAUAUAUUUCAAGACGAUGGCUGCUGUACCCCUUUUUUUUUUUUCUUCCCCUUUGCAACCUGUUAUUUGUGUAUUCCAGUCUGUGAGCAGUUUAGUUCUGUAACUUAUUGUGGCAGUAUGGCAGCUAGCUUGGCUUGUGAUAGCCCUGAGUUAGUGGCCAGUUUGUUACAGAGCCGCCAGCUGGUCUGUUAGAAUCUCUUUAACACAUGCACCUUACAGACAGCCCCGUGUUGCUACAGUAAUGGGAAUGGUGAAUUCGGGUGUCUAAUUCUAUGCCAAUGUUGUAUAUGGCUGGGGGCACUAACAGAUGACUGGAAGCACCAACUAGCGCAAGGCCAGUCAGUGCUCCUCCACAAACUCUACCUACAUCCCUCCCCCCCCCCGACUGGAAUCUCCUGGCCCCUCCCCAGGUGUCUUGAAUGCUCUGUGUAAGUCACCAUGAUACUACACCUCUCUAUAGAGAGUCUCAAUACGGAAACUUUUAUUUUAUUUUUUGUUAUUGUAAAGUUGAGAAUGUUGCGCAAAAUAAAGAAUCUUUUUACAGUGAAA